CUCGCACCGGGCGCCAUGUUCGCCGUGAAGCCGAAAGCCGUCGUCGGCUUCAACCUGUUGUGCGGCGGCUCCCCGGCGGGGCUGGGGCGCGGCUUUGGCUCGGAAAGGAAAUCCCAUGUUUUGGGGGCUCCCAGCCCCUCCCAGCCCCUAAUCGCCGGCAAUCCCGCAGGAAUGCUGCGCAAGCUGCAGAUCCAGCAGGAAGAGGACCUGCAGGCCGUGGUGGAGGUGGCUGCGCACGUGUUCAGCGACGGGGUGACCAACUGGGGCCGCGUGGUGACCCUGGUGGCCUUCGGGGCCUUGGUGGCCAAGCACCUGAAGAGCAUCAAGCAGGAGCAGAGCAUCGGCUCCCUGGCCGGGAUCAUCACCGACGCCCUGGUCUCCACCAAGAGGGAGUGGCUGGAGAGCCAGGGGGGCUGGGAGGGCUUCGUGGACUUUUUCCGCCCGGAGGAUCUGGAGGGCAGCGUCCGGAACGUUCUGAUGGCCUUCGCGGGCGUGGCCGGCCUGGGCGCCAGCCUGGCCUACAUGAUCCGGUGAGCCCGGCCUGCCCGCGCCCCCGGGGCACGCUGUGGGGGGACUGCCUCCCUGGGACCCCCAGGAUCAGACUUUGGGGGGCCUGCCUCCCUGAGACCCCCAGGAUCAGACUUUGGGAGGACUGCCUCCCUGGGACCCCCAAGAACCAGACUUUGGGGGGACUGCCUCCCUGGGACCCCCAGGAUCACAUUUUGGAAGGACUGGCUCCCUGGGGCUGCCUGGGAUCAGACUUUUGGAGGACUGGCUACUCCCAAGAACCAGAUUUUUGGAAGACUGGCUCCUUGGCACUCCCAAGAACCAGAUUUUUGGAGGACUGGCUCUUUGGGCAUGCCAACCACCAGAUUUUGGAAGGACUGCCUCCGCGGUGCUGCCCAGGAUCAGAUUUUGGAGGACUGGCUCCCCAGCACUCCCAGGAACCAGACUUUGGGAGGACUGGCUCCCUGGGGCUGCCCAGAGCCAGAAUUUUGGAAGGACUGGCUCCUGGGGCUGCCUGGGAUCACAU